CCAUCAUCGCCACAUAUAAAAACCCUUCGACACUCAAUUCUUCACCAUUCAAUUUGCAAGUCCCCAACCACCAAAAUGUCCGUCGGAGGAACCUUCCAGCACGUCAAGAACGAAAACCUCGUGGAAUAUUUCAAAGCCCUAGGCGUUCCCGAAGAUAAGGCCAAACUAGCCGACACAUUCAAGCCCAAGCUUCAAGUGGUCGUUGAUGGGAAGAAAGUUUCAGUGAACAGCGACUCUGGAGUCGAGAACUCUUCCUCGACUUUCAUACUGGGCGAAGAAGUAGACGAACCGAUGCCGAAUAACGUCACCCUCAAAAGCACGGCCAAAAUUGACGGGAAUACCUUGACUGUCACGUCGAGGGUGCCCAACGGAAAGUCUGGCUCGAGGAUUUUUAACUUCUCUGAUAGUGAACUCGUUGUGACGCUGAAGGAGGACGGAGGAGGUGUUACGGCCAAGAGGUUUUACAAGAGGGUCUAGAAUUAUUUUAUUUAUGGGGUGGUGAAUUAAGAGCCAUUUGUAUGUGAACUGAUGGAAUAAAACAAAGUUAAUAGUUAA